AAAAAUAUGGCACACGACAUCGAAUAAAACGACGACCUCGGCAUGCAAAACGAGAAAUCGAAUGUAAGAUUCCAGGCAAAGAGAGAAUAUUUUUAUUACCGUUAAAAAGCAAUAAUUUAGAAAACCCUGUUGCUCGGUCAGAUCGAUGUUUUACAGAGUGGCUUCUCUGGCUGGGUUUAGUUUAUAGAUGUUGCAAUUACGCGUGCACUGCCAACCGCUCUUCGUGUUGGCUUAGCCGACACAACAAGUUUUUUAUUUCCAUUCUAGCUUUAUACCUACUUCGGUUUCGUCGGCACACAGAGAGCCAUUUGUAAGGCCUUCCAAUUCCGAGGUGGUAAUCUCUGAGCCAAAGUAGGGCUCGAAUCGUGUCCAAUUUGGCUGUGAGAUUGUAUUUUGAUCUUGUUGUCGAGAUCUUAGAAGGGUCAUUAGUUCAUGCCUUACUUCGAUUUAAUCAGUACUCACAGAACCGUAUGGAAGAUCCCCGGCAAUGAAAUAGGAUCGCUGAUUGGGCUUGAGUCGGAGGAGUCCUGGAAUUUUGAUAGUUUGGGGGCUGAGAUCAUUUUUUCGGAUGUUUUUAGGUCUAGGAAGGAUUGACUCGAACCGAAAGAAAGAAAAAAAGGAGAUUAAAAUUUGAGCUGUAAAGGGCAGCUUUUAUUUGGAUUGGUUUAAAACCCAAAUUUGAACUGAAAAGCAUUCCUAAUAUUGGUUGAAAAUGAAGAAGGUAAGAUUGGAUCUUUGUGGGAUUAGGGGUAUGAGGAUUUUGGGAAUUUUGUGUUGUCUGUAUUUUAUGCUAUUUAGUUUUGAGCUACCCAAGAUUAGUUGGACAGAGGACAAUUCAGAAGAGGUGUUCGUUAGAGAUAAGACAUUGUUGCAGCCUCUCUAUAAGGACCCUCUUCAUGAGGAGAAUGAGGUCAAUAAUGCUCCAAUUAGGCCUUCUAAAGAGUCUUUCCCUGUAAUGGGUGGGCCUGUUUCCUAUUCCGUAGAAAUGAACCAGACAAAGGAAUUGUCUCAGUUUGAGAAGUCUGCAAUGGAGGCCUGGACAUUAGGUCUAAAGGUUUGGGAAGAACUAGGGGCCGUAAUGGAUGAUGAAACUGCAACCGCGGACAGGAUUGAAUCCUGCCCAGGUUCAAUAUCAAUGAAAAAUAUAGAACUACUGAAAUCCGGAAAGGUGAUGCAUUUGCCUUGUGGAUUAAGAGUGGGUUCUUCUAUAACUCUUGUCGGUAGGCCUAGGCAGGCCCAUGAGGAGGAGAACCCCAAAAUCUCUGCUCUGAAUGGGGCCAACUCUCUACUUGUUUCUCAGUUCAUGAUUGAAUUGCAAGGGCUGAAUGCAGUGGAUGGUGAGGACCCACCUAGGAUAUUGCACUUUAAUCCGAGGUUGAAGGGGGAUUGGAGUGGUAAGCCCGUGAUAGAGCUCAAUACUUGUUAUAGGAUGCAGUGGGCUUCGGCUCAGAGGUGUGACGGAUGGCGAUCAAAGGAGGAAGAUGAAACUGUUGAUGGUCUUCCCAAAUGUGAAAAGUGGAUCACUGAUGAGGAGGGGAGUCCAAAAGAAACUAAGAGUACUUCAUGGCUCAAAAAUAUUAUUUGGGGUGAAAAGAAGUCAGUGAUUGAUUGGCCAUACCCAUUUGUGGAGAACAAACUGUUUGUUCUUACUCUAAGUGCAGGAGUAGAAGGCUAUCACAUCAGUGUGGAUGGGAGGCAUGUUAUAUCUUUCCCCUAUCGGACGGGAUUUGUACUUGAAGAUGCAACUGGCUUGUCUGUGAAUGGUGACAUUGAUGUACACACAGUUGUUGCUGCUUCCUUGCCUACUUCUCAUUCCAGCUUCUCACCUCAGAGACUCUUAGACAUGUCAGACAAUUGGAAAGCUCCACCUUUGCCGGAAGGUCCAGUGGAUCUUUUUAUUGGGAUACUAUCUGCUGGUAACCACUUUGCAGAACGCAUGGCUGUCAGAAAGACAUGGAUGCAAUCAAAGCAUAUCCGAUCAUCAAAUGUUGUUGCUCGUUUCUUUGUUGCCUUGAAUGCACGGAAGGAAGUCAAUAUACAAUUAAAGAAGGAAGCAGAUUUCUAUGGUGACAUAAUAAUUGUGCCAUUUAUGGACAAUUAUGAGCUCGUGGUUUUGAAGACCGUUGCAAUAUGUGAAUAUGGGGUUCGUAAUUUAUCUGCCAAAUACAUUAUGAAGUGUGAUGAUGACAAUUUUGUGAGAGUGGGUGCUGUACUGAAGGAAGUAAAAAAAAUAUCCCAUGGAAAAGAUGUUUACAUUGGCAAUCUAAAUUACUAUCACAAGCCUCUUCGGGUGGGGAAAUGGGCUGUCACAUAUGAGGAAUGGCCAGAGGAAGACUAUCCACCUUAUGCAAAUGGACCUGGAUAUAUCAUAUCAAAUCAAAUAGCAAAUUUUAUUGUAAAUCAGCACUAUAAUAAGACAUUGAGGUUGUUCAAGAUGGAAGAUGUAAGCAUGGGGAUGUGGGUAGAACAGUUCAAUGCUUCAACUCCAGUUCAUUAUUCACAUGAUUGGAAAUUCUGCCAGUUUGGGUGCAUUGACGAUUAUAUCACUGCACAUUAUCAGUCACCAAGACAGAUGUUCUGCAUGUGGGACAAACUAUCUAAAGGAAAGGCUCAGUGUUGUAAUAUGAGAUAGAAAGAUUUUGUAGCUAGAAGGUUGAUGUUCAUCCCAUUAUCUUAAAGGUGGCUUCAUCUUCACUCGGGAAUUCCAAAUUACUAACCCCUCUCUCUUCUAACUGCUGUUGAUUAUGAUACAUUCAUUAAUUUUUUUUGUCCGGAAGUUGCACUCAAGAAAUUUGCUUGUGAGUGGGGAACUAUACACAUACUACAUCCCAGUUGAUCUCCGUGUAGAUACACAUACUACAUCCCAGAUGACAAUAUUCAAUAUUGAUAUUUGUUGAUCGGAAUGUGACUUCAGGAUAAAGCUAACUUUUGACCAGUUGAUCUCCGUGUAGAUACCUUGAUAUCAAGACGUGGGUCAGUCUUACCUUCCGAAGAUCUGGAACAGUAUUCUUACAGUAAUCAUUGUUUUUAUAUUGUAUAUGGUAUUACCAUUUUUGUGUAUCAAAUAAAUUUUAAGCUUCAGAGAAGGUUACCAAUAUU